AAUAAACUGAGCAUCGGGGGGCGUGUUGGUGGGUGAUUCGCGGUCUUUACGCCGUGCGUGUCGGCAACAUGGCUGAUGGGCAGGAUCAGUUUUACCAGCUCUUGAACUCGCUUUUGAGCACCGACAACGACCUGCGCAGCCAGGCAGAGGAGGCGUACAACAACCUGCCGAUCGAGUCCAGGGUCACCCUUUUGCUAACUUCGAUCCUGAACGAUGGCCUCGGCGAGGAGCUGCGCCAAAUGGCUGCUGUCCUUCUCCGGAGGCUCUUUUCCGCCGAGUUCAUGGACUUCUACCCCAAGUUGACAGCCGAACAGCAAGGGCAGCUGAAGGAGCAGGUGUUGAUCUCUGUGCAGCGCGACCAGCCUGAAGGACUGCGUCGCAAGGUGUGUGACGUGGUUGCAGAGGUGGCACGGAACCUUAUAGACGAUGAUGGCAACAACCAGUGGCCUGAUUUCCUCAGGUUUCUCUUUGAGUGCGCUAACUCGCCCUCGCCGGCCCUCAAGGAGAGCGCCCUCCGCAUGUUCACACUGGUGCCAGGCGUGUUUGGCAACCAACAGUCUAACUACCUUGACCUGAUCAAGCAGAUGCUGCACCAGUCAAUGCUGGACACGGCCAACUAUGAGGUUCGUUUCCAAGCAGUGCGGGCUGCCUCGGCGUUUGCCCUGAUCCAUGAGAAGGAAACACCCAUCCUGAAGCACAUGGAACCCCUGCUGCCUAACAUGGUGGCCAUCCUGGCUGAGAGUGUCCAGCGGUCGGACGACGAGACCCUGCUCAAGUGCUUCAUAGAGUUGGCUGAGACCACACCCAAGUUCCUCCGCUCACACCUUGAGCCCGUUGUUGAAAUGUGCAUGAAGGUGUUUGCAGACACUAAUCAAGAGGACUCAUGGCGCCAUCUGGCCCUGGAAGUCAUCGUGACCCUGUCCGAGACUGCACCGGCCAUGCUGCGCAAGGUGGGGGGCAAGUACAUUCCAGUGCUGGUACCGCAAGUGCUGCUGAUGAUGACCGAUCUGGAUGAGGAUGCCGAAUGGAGCGUAGCGGACGAAAUCCUCGAGGAGGAUAAUGACAGCAACUCGGUGGUUGCCGAGUCGGCUCUGGACCGAUUGGCUUGCGGGCUGGGUGGCAAGACGAUGCUGCCUCACAUCAUCCAAAACAUCCCACCCAUGCUUAGCAACAGUGACUGGAAGUACCGCCAUUCGGCCCUUAUGGCCAUAUCAGCUGUAGGAGAGGGAUGCCAUAAGCAGAUGGAAUCCAUGCUGCCCCAGAUCAUGGAGGGUGUCCUCAACUACCUCCAGGACCCGCACCCGAGAGUGCGGUAUGCCGCCUGCAACGCAGUGGGCCAGAUGGCAACUGACUUUGCACCGAUUUUCGAAAAGAAAUUCCACGACAAGGUAGUCCCUGGAUUGCUAAUGGUGCUCGACGACAACGCCAAUCCAAGGGUGCAGGCGCAUGCAGGCGCCGCUCUGGUCAACUUCAGCGAGGACUGUCCAAAGAACAUCCUGACGCAGUACCUGGAUGCCAUUAUGAGCAAACUUGAGGCCAUCCUCAGCACCAAGUUCAAGGAGCUGGUUGAAAAGGGAACCAAGCUGGUGCUGGAGCAGGUGGUGACAACCAUUGCCUCUGUGGCAGACACCUCUGAGGAGCAGUUUGUGGCGUAUUAUGACCGGCUCAUGCCCUGCCUCAAGUAUAUAAUUGAGAACGCCACCACUACCGAGCUCAAACUGCUCAGGGGCAAGACCAUAGAGUGCGUCAGCCUCAUUGGCCUUGCUGUCGGCACAGAUAAGUUCCGGAUGGACGCGAAUGACAUUAUGGGGAUGCUACUGAAGACGCAGACAACAGAGGAGAUGCCUGAGGACGACCCACAGACAUCAUAUCUGAUAUCAGCGUGGGCGCGUAUGUGCCGUAUCCUCGGCAAGGACUUUGUGCAGUACCUACCCAUGGUGAUGGGGCCGGUGAUGAAGACAGCCUCGAUAAAGCCCGAGGUGGCCGUAUUUGAUAAUGAUGAUAUGGGCACCUUUGAGAAUGAUGUCGACUGGCAGUUUGUGUCGCUCGGCGAGCAGCAGAACUUUGGCAUACGCACUGCUGGGCUCGAGGAUAAGGCGUCAGCCUGUGAGAUGCUUGUCUGCUACGCCCGUGAACUCAAUGAGGGCUUUGCGCCCUAUGCUGAGGACGUUGUCAAGCUGAUGGUGCCCCUCCUCAAGUUCUAUUUCCACGACGGUGUCCGUAGCGCAGCUGCCGAGUCACUUCCCUAUCUGCUUGAGUGCGCCAAGAUCAAAGGGCCUGAGUUCCUGGAGGGUAUGUGGAGAUACAUUUGCCCAGAGCUGCUGAAGGCUAUUGACACCGAGCCAGAAAAUGACGUCCUCAGUGAGCUCAUGUACUCGCUAUCAAAGUGCAUUGAAACCCUCGGAAAUGGUUGCCUGACUGAAGAGACGAUGACCGAGCUAGUGCGGAUUUUGGACAAGCUGCUGAAGGAGCACUUUACACACGCUGCUGACAGGCUUGAGAAGCGCAAGGAUGAGGACUAUGAUGAGGUGGUGGAAGAGCAGCUUGUUGAUGAAGACACUGAAGAUGUGUACCUGCUGAGCAAACUGUCGGACGUGAUCCAUGCUCUCUUCAGCACUUACAAAGAGUCAUUCUUCCCCUUCUUCGACCAAAUCGUUGGACACUACACCAAAAUGCUGGGCGAUGGAAUGACGUGGUCAGACCGGCAAUGGGCGCUUUGUGUAUUUGACGACCUGGUUGAAUUCUGUGGACCCGCAAGUGUGCGGUACCAGACGCUGUUUGUGCAGCCGCUGCUGACAUACACGGAGGACGGGUCUGCCGAGGUUCGGCAGGCUGCUGUGUAUGGCUGCGGCGUGAUGGGCCAGUUUGGCGGCCCUGCAUAUGCGGCCGCAUGCCGUGAGGCCCUCGCCAAGCUGAUCAAGGUGAUUGCAGCGCCCGAGUCGCGCAGUGUUGACAAUGUCAAUGCCACUGAGAAUGCCAUCUCGGCCGUCACCAAGAUCCUCAAAUACAACCCCGCCAAUGUCAACAAGGACGAGGUCAUCCCCCUCUGGCUUUCGUGGCUUCCGGUUUGGGAGGACGUGGAUGAAGCGCCGCACAUUUAUGGCUUCCUGUGUGACCUGAUGGAGUCCAACAACCAGGCGCUGCUUGGCCCCGAGAACUCGAACGUGCCUCGCAUCAUUGCUAUCAUGGCAGAGGCGUUUGCUCGGGAGGCAUUAGAGGCGUCGAGUGAGGUGGCGCAACGCAUGGUGCGCCUUCUGAGGCACAUCCAGCUGCAAGCUGAUGGCAAGAUGUUUGAGGUGUGCGUCGCACAGCUCUUACCCGACCAGCAACGCGCCCUUCACCAGUUCUUGGCCGCCUAACAAGAAAGAAAGAUUUAACCCCCUGACGAAUGAAUGAAAGAAAAAGAAACGAGCGGACGUUUGAAUCUGUUGUUGAAUUUUUAACCCGCAUUGGUCCCUAGCCUAGUAGGGACUCCAUGGUGAUAAAUAAGUAAGAAAAAAAAUAAAUGACAGUGAUUCAACCUUUGUAUGCAACUCAUUGGAAUGGCUUUCCUUUUGCACUCACAAGACGAGCGGUUUGCCAUUGUAAUUUAUUGGUAGGUUUUGAAAGAAAAUUACCCGUCGGCCUGCACCACGAGAUGUGAAGGAUAUGUAAUUAAUUAUUCCUGUUUUUGUAACUGCUGCUGAGUACGAGCAAGAGAUAAAAAUACAUAACAACUGACAAAAUACAUACCAAUUA